AUGUCUACGGGAACCAAAUACCAAGAAUCUAUCUUCGACCGCUUAUUCGCGGCACUUGAUCUCGGACCGGUAUCGUCUUCAGAUAAUCAGGGGUACCAAUCGUUGCGCACCGACGACGACGACGAUCACCACGAGAACCACGCCGACACCAGAGCAAUGGCUGCUGGCGAACCCGAAGCCCAGCCCACGGCGGCCGGCGAGGCCGUCAUCACCAAGUAUCCCAGUGAGGCCAACAAGGAUACCACCAUCAACCAACACGGCUCCGCGGCCUCGUCCUCUUCGUCCCACUCCCCCGAUGCCGAGGCCGAAGCCGCCGCCGUCGAGGCCGGCCUCUCGCAGCUAGAGGCCCGCAACGUGCACUGGUACUCGUACCUCCUAACCGUCGACUUCUGGGUGAUCAUCGCGAUCGGCCAGAUCCUCUCGCUCUGCAUCACAGCAACCAACACCUUCACCAGCUUCCUCGUCAGCGUCAACACCAACAUCCCCGCCUUCCAAACCCUCUUCAACUACGCCCUCCUCGUCCUCAUCUGGCUCCCCCUCACCCUCUACCACUACGGCCCCCGCAAGUGGUUCCGCAUCGUCCUCCGCGACGGCUGGAAAUACUUCAUCCUCUCCUUCCUCGACGUCGAAGGCAACUACUUCACCGUCCUCGCCUAUGGCUACACCAACAUCCUCUCCGCCCAACUCAUCAACUUCUGGUCUAUCGUCUGCGUCGUGCUGCUGUCCUUCUUCCUGCUGCGCGUGCGCUACCGCCCCCUGCAGAUCCUCGGCAUCCUGCUCUGCUGCGGCGGCAUGGGCCUGCUGCUUGCCAGCGACCAUAUCACGGGUUCCAACGGCGGCGCGGGUCCCAACAUGCUCAAGGGGGAUUUGUUCGCCCUGCUGGGAGCUACGCUGUAUGGUGUCAGCAACGUGUUUGAGGAGUGGUUUGUGAGUAAGCGGCCGGUGUAUGAGGUGCUGUCGUUCUUGGGGAUCUUUGGGGUUUGCAUCAACGGUGUGCAGGCGGGUAUCUUUGAUCGGCACUCGUUUGAGGGCGCGACGUGGAAUGCGCAGGUGGCGGGGUGGUUGAUUGGGUAUACGCUGUGUCUGUGUCUGUUUUAUUCGGUGGCGCCGCUGAUUCUGCGGAUGGGCAGCGCGGCGGUGUUUGAUGUCAAUCUGCUGACGGCGAACUUCUGGGGUGUCAUCAUUGGCACGCGGGUGUUUGGUUAUGUUGUGCAUUGGAUGUAUCCUAUUGCGUUUGUGCUGAUCAUUAUCGGGCUGGUGGUGUAUUUCCUGGCUGGGAGUAUCCUGGGUGACUCGAAGAAGCCGUGGUUGGGGGAUAACCAGAAAGAGGGUGUUGCGGGCCUUGGGACGGCCAAGUUGAAGGCGAUUAAUGAGGCUAGGAGGAAGGGUUUGGCCGGGGGUGCUGAGGGGCAGGCGUAA